ACUACACCUAAAUCAGAGAGGAUCAACAAUCGAUAUGUAAUAUAUGACAAGGUGAACGAUAAAUUUACGACGUGGUUCCCAGAAAAAACUGUUAUUAUCUUAUGAUGGUUUCAUAUUAGAAACCCUAAUCAAUUUCCAUCCCACCACCCUCCUCCAGCUUCACUCGAAAUGUGUCCCAAAGCACCAGCCUUUUACUUUGGGGAGCCCUACAUAAUCAACUUCCCAAUGCUUCUCUCAUGGGGCUCCGGCAGCAAAUACGAGGGAGAAGAUUUAUGACGGGAGCAAUGGCGCGUUGGGCCCAACAGAUUUGAAAAGAGCUAUAAGUAUGGAAAUGAAAGGUGCCCGAUAUCGGCGGCAAUGGGAGGGCACGGAGGAAGCCCGUGGGACGACGGGGUUCACACAGGGAUACGGAAGGUGGUUGUUGGCCAUGGAGCUUCGAUUGAUUCGAUUCAGGUUGAAUAUGAAUGCAAAGGGAGCUCAGUUUGGUCGGAGAAGCACGGUGGCAGUGGUGGAACCAAAACUGACAAGGUAAAGCUUGUUCAUCCACACGAGGUUCUCACUUCCAUAACUGGUUACUAUGGAUCAGUUUCAGUUUCCAGUCCGGUUGUCAUAAGAUCACUGACAUUUACCAGCAACAUUGCCAAAUAUGGACCUUUUGGCUUGGAGCAAGGAAUACAUUUUUCAUUCCCGAUGAUUGGUGAUAAAAUUGUGGGUUUUCAUGGGAGCUCAGGCAGGUAUCUUGAUUCCAUAGGAUUUUAUCUAAAUCAAGCACAUAAUCCAACUCCAUCAAAAGCUUUGGUUCCAUCGCAACGUCAAAUUGGUUAUAAUGUGGUAGAGGGAACUGCUAGCAAAGGAUAUAAUGCUGCAGGGGGCAAUUUAAAUGUUAUAUCCAACAAGUAUACGUGGGAAGCUUCGUCAGAUGAGGAGUUCAAUGUUGUGGCUCCAAAGAAGAAGGUGGUUUCUUUUCCUAGAUUUACAACAGAGAAAAGAUCAUCUAGUAUUGGUGGCCCUGUACCCUAUGGUCCUUGGGGUGGAAGUGGUGGAACAAUAUUUGAUGAUGGCAUAUACACUGGAGUUAGGCAGAUCAAUUUAUCUCGAAAUGCUGCAAUCACCUCACUAAAAGUGAAAUAUGAUAGAAACGGGCAAGAAGUGUGGGGAAACAAGCAAGGAGGAACCGCAGGAAUCAUAACCGACAAGAUAAUAUUUGAUUAUCCAUUUGAGGUCUUGACGUAUAUUACUGGUUAUUUUGGUCCCACUAUGAUGAUAGGGCCAACUACUAUAAGAUCACUUACAUUUCACACGACAAGAAGGAAAUAUGGACCAUACGGAGAUGAGGAAGGAACAUUCUUCUCUUCUUGCUUGGCAGAAGGAAUGGUUAUAGGUUUUCAUGGAAGGAGUGGAUGGUACAUUCAUAGUAUCGGAGUUUAUGUUCUUGAAGGAAAACUAUCACUGCCUCAAACUCCUGGUGUUCUAUACAAUGGAAAUGAUAUGCAGUUGGAGAUGUAUAACUAUCAGCAAUCAAACAAGCUUGUUUCUACAAGCAGGGGAAAUGAAGGGGAGGUUACAUUUGGCGUGGUGAAAGAACCUGUUCCCUGUGGGCCAGGACCCUGGGGUGGAGAUGGAGGCAAACCAUGGGAUGAUGGAGUAUAUACAGGAAUCAGGCAAAUUUAUAUCACAAUAGGAGAUUUCAUAAACUCAAUCCAGCUUGAGUAUGAUAGAGGUGGCCAGUCUGUUUGGUCUACAAGGCAUGGAAGUGGUGGAGAGAAGACCAUCAGGAUAAAGUUUGAUUACCCGAAUGAGGUCCUUAACUGCAUUAGUGGCUAUAUCAGUUCCAUUGCCUCCGAUGGAAAUCACAGUGUUGUAAAAUCACUUACAUUCCAUACUACCAGAGGGAAGUAUGGACCAUUUGGGGAAGAGCUCGGAACAUAUUUUACUUCUAUGACCACACAAGGAAAGGUGGUUGGAUUCCAUGGAAGAUGUGGGCUUUAUUUGGAUGCAAUUGGAGUUCACAUGCAGCACUGGCUGGGUGAGAGGAAACAAGCAGGCAAGUCUAUACUUUCCAAGUAUUUCUUCUAAGUAACAUGGAGAAGGGGAAAAAAAAAAACUAAGCUUACAAAUCUGCCACGAUGAAUGCUCUUUGUUUGUAAUCUAAAUGAGCAGUAUUUGAUGAUGUUCUGAGCUGUUAAAGCUGAAGUAUUGCUCCAAUUGUUAUAUGCAAAAAGUGGUAUGACAUGAAAAAUGCUUUAUUCA